AAGAAAAAUCAAAUCAAUCAAUUAACAAACGAUAUACUUACUCUUCACCAGUUUUCGGCUUUUACACGUAUCUUUUCGGAUUAGAUUCUCUUUUGUCAUUUUCAUUAAUUUUUCAAUUCUGUCAUGUUCCACCA